AUGGAAGUUGACACAUCAUUUGCAAAAGCAUACCUUGAUCAUGACCCUGAAAUAAAGGAUCCUGUAUACAAAACACGAACAAAAAGGAGUGCGUACUCAUAUCAUGAUAUUGAAGAUUUGGAUCGCAAACUCAGAGCAUUGGCACACCUUGUUGAGAGUGAAAAGACCUUGUUUUGUCAACUUGAAUACUUGAUAAGAGGAAAACCAAUGGAAGAGGUGGAAGCGUAUGACAUAAAACUGAUUGUUAAUAACCUUAUGUACUACUCAGAUUACUGUAAGCAUACAGAUAUUGAUGAAAUUAAAUAUCCCAAGACGGCAGCUGUUUGCAAACUCUUUACGCAACUGUGUAACGAUGCUGGACUACCCGCAAUUUCGCUGGAAAUCGUCGACCCUGAAAUGAAGGAACCAGAAACUAUAUAUUCGGUCCGACCCUUCGGUGGAACAAAAGAAAUAGAAAAUGGAUGCACAGGCAUCAUCACCAGACGUUCGGAUGUCGAUUCAGCUGUUGAAGCUUUGCUACAUGCACCAAAGACCUACCCCUGGGCUGUCCGCAACAUUUACGUCGAAGAGAGCGCCGUCGAACGGUUCAAACAAGCGAUCAGUUGGAAGGCGAACAGCACAGACAAAUCUCUCGAAGACAUAUCGCCGUCUUGCUCUAACGCCUACUGCUACCUAGGCACCCUCUACCUAUACCAGUACGUGGGCACGCACACAGACAAACACGUACACAUACACUCGUACAGAACCGUCAAAGACCUGUUCAGCCUCCUGGAACCGUCCCUCUGCGUCUCUCUAUGGUCCAGCGACGUCGCGGAAAGCCAAGAGAUCGCGAAGCACCUCCGAAGCAACAUCGUAUGGAUCAACGAUUUGGGAAACUUCAACGGCCCACCCAAGACAGCGCAAUCCGUGUAUUCCCUUAUACGUCGCGACAGAGCUACGUACAAAACGAACGCGCCGGCAGAGCUCAAAAAGCUGGAGACACUGCAGGCGCAGUGGCUGAAGAAGGACAUUUUCGAUCGCCGUAACGACAUUCUGGGUUUCAUGAACUGGAAGAGGGAGAACGUGAACUUUGAAAUUGACGACAUGGCUCACACAGGCGAUACCUUCACCUGUUUCGGUAGAAUGUCGCCAGAUGGCGUUGUUUACGAUCACGAAGAAGUGAUUAAUACGGUGGCGUUUUUGGGCUAUCUCAUAAGGGGUGGUGCGGCGCUGUUGUACAGUAGGAGGCGUAGUGACCUCUACGACCAUUUGGUUUCGAUUGGGGCGCCGAUGGUGUUUCUGGAGAAGAAAUUGGAGUAUUUACCCGGUGGAGAUAUGACGGCGUAUUGCCGAAUCGCGUAUAGAUAUAAAGUCGUUUGGAGUAGCUUCGGAACUGUAUUCGCAAAUUGA